CACGAUGACCUCAGAGGCAUCUCAGAUACACCUGUCUGCUCCACACUGCUGCACGCUGGGGUUUAGGAUCAGGAUCUGGAACAGUUGCUCCUCACACAUUAACUCUGAAACCAAUAUGUACAUGCCAUUGCAAUUCAUUAUUAUUAUUUACUUUAGUAAUCAUAGUUGUUUGAAAAGAAAAAAUCUGAAUUCAGAAGAUACAAAAUCAAGAAUUACUAUGUAUAAAUGAUUUACUUUCACCUAUUUCUUGAGAAACAAGGACUAAUGUCAUUUUACAACAUUACAACAGCUUUAAAAGCACCACACGUGGUUUUGUAAAACAUUGGACGACUCCAUGUCGUCAGAAAGCUCUGACUGGUCAGCAAGUGGCACCAUAUGGCAGAGAAAGACUAAAUCCAAUGAAUGCAGAACAGACAGAAGCCAUCUUGCACAUGCAGAGACCCCCGUUCGCUCCCCUAACUGGCUCUUCAUCUGCUCCUGUUGUUUUGUUCUAUUAGUCUAAUUACCACGUCCGGCCUAUUGUCCCCUUGAUGUGUGUAAUUAAUCAAGUUCUGCUCCCUAAUCUCUGCAUCUCAUCAUCCUCACGCUGCACCGGGGCUGACCACGGCGGAUGGCCGCCUGACGUAAGCUCUUUUAGGGAAAUGUAAUUGUGAGUUUGCGUGCGGCGCCGACCCGCGUGGACCCGGCCUGCUGUGCGUUCCUGUCGGGACGGGUGAGUUCUCGCCGCGCGGGUCAUCAUCCGUCGCUCGCCUGCUUCUGUGCUGCAGCACGACUCCUGUGUUUCAAACAGAUGUUAUGCAACGCAUCCCACAGGAAGCCGUUUUGGACCUUCAAAAUAAAGCUGUCUUGUCCGGGGCCUCCUUGACACACUCUUACAGGGUUGUCCUCCCCUUACAAGGGCUUCAGAUGGCUUAGCAGGUCUUUAAUCUGUCCUCUGAAUGACACCGGCCUCUCCCACACGCGUCUUAAAGGACAGUGGAGGAGAGGGGGGGGGGGGCGAGGAGCCGUGGCCGCGGGAGGUUUAGGGAAGGUGAAUUAGCCCGGCACCAGAGCAUAGGAGGCUAUGGCAGCGGGCACACCACAGGAAGACACGCACAUGGAGGAGCUGGUGGACCACGGCCUGGGCAUGGAGGAGACGGCCCACGACCUCCUGAGGAGGCCCUCCAUGAAGGAGAGCUACCACAGCGACUCGCUGCUGGCACCCGACGCCGACUUCAUGACAGACGACCGCAGCUCAGCAGCCAGCGGCCUAGACGUGUCAGACCGGCUCACCUACCUGGAGCAGAGGAUGCAGAUGCAGGAAGAUGAAAUCCAGAUGUUGAAGAUGGCUCUGGCUGAUGUCCUCAAGAGGCUCAACAUCUCUGAGGAGCACCAGGCUGCUGCUGCUGGCCGGAGAACUCCUGGAGCUAAAGCUAGACCAGUAUCGCUGGCUCUGCCCUCCAGGCCGCCUCUGAUUACUUCAAGCGCUGCCUCCCUGAAGAAGAGCUCAACGCUGCCCUCUAGCGCCACCAGCAGGAACUACAGCCCCACACCGCCCCGCAGUGGUGGGAAGAGCCCGCAGGGUAGCGUGAAGGACAGUCCGUGCAGGAGCACCAGGCCCAGGCCGGCGCCUGCAGCCUCCACCUGCAAGAAGCUCCAGGACGGCAGCGGAAAGUCCAAGGAGGCCGCAGCAGGCGCAGGGACCAGACGCGUGACACACUGCAAAGUGACUAUGCAGAUCUAUCUGAGCCCCCACGCAAGAAAGACUGGAUCUUCUGAGACGGCCCCGGCUGCGGCGGCGGUGGCCGCCGGCGGCGGCGCCGCGUCCCCGCCCGGCGGCGCCCGGGCGAAGAGGGGCGGCAAGGCGGAGACGAGGAAGCGCAGCCCGUCCUUCACCCUGAACCUGCAGAAAAGCGCCGGCGGCCAGAACGCGCUGGACGACACGUGCAGCUACAAGAGCCCCAUCAAAUCACCCAGCCAGUACUUCCAAAUUUGUUAUUAAAGACAUUAUUGAGGAGAUAUAUCUAUAUUUACCAUAACCGUGUCCAUGCCAAUGAAUUUUAUAAACCUGAUCAAAUUUUGAAAUUUUGAAUCAAAAAUAUUUUUCCAAGGUUAAAAUUAAUUGUAACCUACAUUUUAAAGUACACCUCUUAGAUCACGCCGACAUAAUUUUCCAAUUCCACGAUUUCCACGAUGAAAUGCAGCAUUUUAAACAAAAGUAUUUUAUUAUGUGAAUAUGUGUAAUUUAUAUUCAAAGGUAGUCUAAAGGCUCAGUCUUGUGCAUCUUCCAUAUGCUACAACCUGCAUAUUGUUAUUCCACUCAGCUCAUGUUUGUGUUUAUUGUUAAAGCUCAACGUAGUUUGUCUCCUGGAGUGUGUGAGUGUCUGUCAUGUUUCCUGCUCUUUUUCCAGUUGUUGUUUCAUCGUAGGUAACACACACACACACACACACACACACACACACACACACACACACACACACACACA